UCCACUGAAAUAUGCAAACAACACCACUCCCAUGGCUACCACCCCCGAUACCCAUCUCUCUAUCUCUCAUUUUCCUGACCGUCAUCAGAUGGAGGGUUCUGCUUCUUGUUUAUCUCUGAAUCUUCAUGGUACACCAAUACAUUUCUUCAGAUUCCUCAAGGUCUCUUUUUCUUUUCAAUUCCUAAGUUAUUGAUUCGAUCAUGGAUUCUACAAAUCUUCUUCGCUUUAUGUUGUUGAAGAAUAAAUUUCAUGGCAUUCAAUUUGAAUUGUUCAUGAUGAACCUUGUUAGAUAUAUCGUGUUUUCAUCACCUUCCAAUUGACCAAUUUGUAUAUUGUGGAUUAGGUUAUAAUUUAUACCGUAAACAAUAGAAUUUGUUUUAGAUGAAUAGGGAAUGAAAGGUCUUUGGUUCAGGUAAUCAUGUUGGUAUGUUCAUCUUCCAUGCAAACAUGAAGAUUUUGUAUGCGUUUUGUCAAUUACAUGAUUUCAAUUCUAUUCAUGAUGUUUUAUUGAUAUAUUUAUCAUGCUAAUUUACAGUAAGACAUGGCUGAAGAAGAAAAGAAGGAAGGGGUUAUAUUUGCAGUGGGGAAUCAGAGAAUUCUGUUCUCCGAUUCUUCAGUUCCUCUUUCUGCUGAAGAUAAGGAUGGAGACAAUUCCGACGAGUCAUCACUAAACGAUGUCGAGGGUAAAUGUGAAUCUGAACCAGCAUCGCCUAAGGACAGCGGUGCUUCAGGUUCAUCAUCUCCCACAUUAGGCAUUUCAGGUUUAGUAGCUCAAAUUGAUCCAAAAACUCAUCCCAAGCAAUGGAGUGGGUUCUUACAUAAAUUCAAGAAGGCACCCUCAGCAACCUUACAUACGUUUAAUCCUGGCAUUCCCAGCAUACCUUCCAUUAAGAAGCUGACCAAGAAAAAGAGUAAGAAACUCAUGCAGAGCAUGCCAGAAAUGUCUUCCCAUUUAGAUGCCGAAUUGUAUUGUUUCGAGGCUUCAUGGACAAAUUACUCACUCAAAGAACUCAAAGAUGCAACGAAUAACUUUAGUCGUGAAAACAUAAUUGGAGAGGGAGGUUAUUCUGAAGUUUACAAGGGUCAUUUGCAAGAUGGGCAAAUUAUAGCAGUGAAACGACUAAUUAGAGGUACACCUGAAGAGAUGACUUCAGAUUUUUUAUCCGAGCUUGGAAUCCUUGUCCACGUCAACCACCCAAACAUUUCUAAUGUUAUUGGCUAUGGAGUUGAGGGGGGAAUGCACCUUGUUCUUCCUCUAUCACAUCAUGGGAGCUUAGCUUCUCUUCUUUCUGGUCAGAAAGAGAAACUUGAUUGGAGAAUCAGAUACAAUAUUGCACUGGGCACCGCAUCAGGCCUUUCUUAUCUUCAUGAGGGUUGUCAACGAAGAAUCAUUCAUAGAGAUAUCAAGGCAGCUAAUAUUUUACUUUCAGAGGACUUUGAACCUCGGAUUUCUGAUUUUGGGCUGGCAAAGUGGCUUCCAGAUCAAUGGAUGCACCUCACUGUAUCGGAAUUCGAAGGGACAUUUGGCUACCUUGCUCCUGAGGUUUUCACGGAUGGCUUGGUUGAUGAGAAAACUGAUGUCUAUGCUUACGGAGUCCUUUUGCUAGAGAUCAUCACUGGACGUCCCGCUUUGGAUGAGUCUAUGCAGAGUCUGAUUAUGUGGGCUAAACCUUUGAUCAAUACGAAAAACUUUGAAAAACUUCUUGAUCCUCACCUUGCUGGUGCCUGUAACUUGGAGCAGCUGAAUGACAUGGUAUGGAUUGCUUCGCAAUGCAUUAACGAGGACCCAACCGAACGUCCAAAAAUGAGCCAGAUUUACAGGAUGCUAAGUGGUGAUGAAGGCAUUCCUGAUUGCGGCAAGAAGUUUAUAAAGAGGGCUGCCUUCAGAAGGAGAAAGUCAUCGCAGAUCUCUGAUGAAGAACAUUUGGUACCCCAAACCCCAGUCCAACAUGAAAUGAAGUUUUAAAAGUUUGUGUUGGCUGUUGAAAUUUGGAAGAGCCAACUUGUAUUUUCGAUUAGUUCCUUUUGAGGGAAUGUGUAUGCUUCAAACAAAGAAUUAACGAACGCGAGAGUGGGAUAGGCGAGAAAGACUUAGUAGUGCGAUACCAUGUAUAGUAUAUGGUUAUAUCUAUGCUCUCUUCUUGUUGUAAAAUGGUAACAAGGAUUCACAAAUGAAGAUGUGU